AUGGAACCCUUAACGUACCCGAUUCCUGAGGGCCUUCAAAAGGUUCCUGACCAUUUAUUUGAUGGCCGUCCCGAUGCUGAAAUUGAUGCCGAACUCCUCAAUCCCCCACCAGUCAAGGAUGUCAAGAAUGUGUGGUUUUUCUGGCACUCUGGCUUCUCCAGCAUGCAUGGCUACACCCAGCGAAACGUGAGGGCCUGGUAUCGCCGCCUCUCCAAAUCCGGGUGGGUGAUUCGCGUCCUCGAUCGCCAGCCUGCAUCCCCCCUCAACAUAGAUCAAUUCCUAGAUACCAGCGACCCGGAGACAUUCCCAAAAGCAUUUGUCGACGGGGCUAUCGGCGGUACCUACGGAAUUCAGCAUACUUCGGAUCUCGUGCGUUGGCCCCUCCUGCUAAAGUAUGGAGGAGUCUACGCAGAUGUGGGCAUGCUGCAAAUCGGGGAUCUGGAUCGGCUCUGGAACAAGACUCUGGGGAACCCCGAGAGCCCCUACGAAGUCCUGGCCUACUACAAUGGAAAUGAGACGCGCCACGAGGUGACCAACUACCUCCUCGCAUCAACACCAAACAACCCGCUGUUCGCGCGGUGCCACAAGCUUUUCCUCGCUCUCUGGGCGGAAGACGGCGGGAAGACGAGCACGGAUGGGAUGCACGCCAGUCCUCUCAUGAAGCCGCUCCCUCUGAUGAAAGCACCAGUGACGCUCGAAUUCGAAGAAGACGGGAAGAAGUAUGGGCAUGAAGAAGUCAGCAAGCUUUUGACAGACUACAUCAUCCAGUGCCAGACAUUGACCUUGGUAAUGGGCCUUGUGGAUGAGGAAGAUGGCUGGAAUGGCCCCGAGUAUACAGCGAAGCAUCUAUUCGCCAUCGAGUACAUGGAAGGCUCGCAGUUAAUCAAUGUCUUCACGGGCUGGAAUGGGCCCAAGGCUUGGGAACUCAUGUCACUCCCACUCCCCAAGGAGGGUGAAACCGAGACGGAAGAGCAGAAGAAGGCAAGGGAAAUUGUUCAAGGCUGUUUACAGCGAAGCUGGGGGUUCAAGCUUGCACAUGGACUCAUCGUAAGGGUCAUGGGUCCUACUCUGGGAUCUCUCUGGAGAGCAAAUCCAGGCUCAGACAAUGUCCCAGGCACGUAUGCCCACUGGCUGCGAUACGGUAUUGAGCAUUGGAGCCCAGAUCACGAUCCGGCAAGCCUGGACCUAAAGGUGUUACCCCCGAUUAAGAAAGGAUCUCUACUGAAAGAAGCGUUAGAAUAG